ACCAAACAGAUGCCAGUUUUGCUCAGGAUCUCCAGCAUCUGAAGAAGACAGAUUUUCAGAAAAGUUCCUUCAAAAAAAAUUUGUUAAAGAGAGUUCAUCUUUCCACUUUUUUUGACUAUUUGAGAUCUAAUCCAAGCAGUUGUUCCAAGGCCAAGAACAUGGCACAUUGUACCAAGAUGGACAUCAAAUGGAGUGGGAACACAAUGGAAGGUAGUGAAGUUCUGAAAACAAUGGAGUGCCUGAGAAGAAGAUUACUGGCAGAGAGGCAAGCAUCAUUACUUGCCAAAGAGGAGGCAGAGCUCAUGGGCAAAAGGUCAACAGAGUUAGAGAAGCAAAUCACAGAGCAAAAUCAAAUGAGAACAAAAGCAGAAAAGAAGCUUCAAUUACUGAAGAAAAAGCUCGAAUCACUUAACCUUUCUUUCACGAUGUUGAACUCAGAACCGUCAAUUUCGUCGGAAAUUUGCGAUGAAGAUGAACCGAAAACCCUAACCGCAGCAACGUCUCUCCCAAUCAAUUCGCAGACCAUCGGUGAAAUUUCUCAUUCAGACGAAGAGAAUCCAAAUGCUCGAGGCUCUACCAGCUCGAGUUUCUCAGAUUCAGAAAUUUGCUCCAACGAAAGAAAAGAUCGAAAAUAGUGGAGAUGAAUUCAAUUCCGUGGACGAUUCACUCGCACUUGUGGCCGUGAACUCUCCGGAAGAAGCAGAAACCGGCGAGAUGAUGCUGGUGAUCGGUGAACGGGUAAUUGAAGUUCUUAAUGAUCUGAAGCAGGCCAGAGAGAGAAUUCAGCGCUCAAUGAAGAUCUGUGAACUUAACAUGAUGAAAGUUAGCCCAGUUUGAACUGAGAGACAGAGAAAGAAAGAUUUUGGAUUUGUAGAUGGGCCUGAUAGAAAAGCCCAUCAGGUCCAACCCACAUAACAAUGACAAAAUGGAUAUCAUUACUCGUUUCCGCAGUAAAUUUUCUUUUUUACCUUUUUUUU